UUGGGUGUCCUACAUGUGUGGGUGUUGAUGCAUUAUGUAAAACUAUUAAAAUAGCUUUUUACAUUUUAGGAUGAGUUCCUCAAAGCUGUCCGUAAUUUUAAAGGGUGCCUUGAGACUGUCCAUAAUUUUAAAGGGUGCCUUGAGACUGUCCAUAAUUUUAAAGGGUGCCUUGAGACUGUCCAUAAUUUUAAAGGGUGCCUUGAGAUUGCCCAUAAUUUUAAAAGGGUGCCUUGAGACUGUCCAUAAUUUUAAAGGGUGCCUUGAGACUGUCCAUAAUUUUAAAGGGUGCCUUGAGACUGUCCAUAAUUUUAAAGGGUGCCUUGAGACUGUCCAUAAUUUUAAAGGGUGCCUUGAGACUGUCCAUAAUUUUAAAGGGUGCCUUGACUGACUGUCCAUAAUUUUAAAGGGUGCCUUGAGACUGUCCAUAAUUUUAAAGGGUGCCUUGAGACUGUCCAUAAUUUUAAAGGGUGC